AUGCUGAGGAAAAAAAGAGAAGAAAAUCUGGACCAACGCUUGGAGGAUUUAUUGACGGAUAAGAGUUUUAUUCAAUCGAAUUAUUCGAAUGUCAGUAAAGAAAAUUUGCCUGACUGGUAUGAUGAAAAAUUAUUCAAACAAGGCCAGGAUUAUUUCUCCAGAAAUGUGUUAUCGAUGAGCGCUGCCGCCUUGACUGGAUUAAUAACAGUUUUGACAAUACCGACAACUUUGGAUAUCCUGGUAUUCACCAAGAGGAGCGGGUGUCCUCGCACAGCUUAUCGGAGAUAUUUUGAAACGAUUUUACAUAUAUACUCAUUGUAUACCUCGGAUAUUGAUGAUCCCAAGUCAAGAUUUUGGAAGUCUCUCAACACGAUUAGAUGGAAGCACUCAACUAACAGCAAAGUAGCUGGAGAAAAUGGCGUCGGUUUUAUAUCCCAGCGCGACAUGGCGCUCACACAGUUUGGAUUUAUUGGAUACGCGCUUUUACAACCUGAUAAAUUGGGUCUUACCAAUGAUAAAGCCGGGAGAGAAGGAUUGAAUCACUUCUGGCGGGUGAUUGGCUUUAUGAUUGAUAUUUCCAACAACGUUAAUAUUUGUCGAGAAUCUGAAGAACAAACGACGGAAUUUUGUCGUAAAUUAUUGGAACGAGUAUUCACAAAAUGGAUGACUGAUACGCCUAAGCAUUUUAAUAAAAUGAUUGAUGCUAUGUUGGAAGGGCUUUGGUAUGUCGAUGUUGUAUUAGAUGCUGACGCUAUGAUGUAUUUUUGGUAUGAUCUUAAUGGUCUAACAUAUAACAAACCCUUGAGUUGGUACAGUAAAUUUAAUUAUGCAUACCGAAAAUCAAUUAUUUUCAUACUUGGUGUUCCUUUUAUUGGACAGCUAGUAAGAGUCGGAUUUAAUAACUACUUAAAAUUAACCUAUUGGUUCCUGGAACGCUGGCCUGUAAUUGCAUGGCUGAAGUUCGGCUCUGAAGACAGCAGGAUAAAUUUGUAUCCAAUAUCGACUUAA